GAUUUGCAGUAACACAUGAAGAGUAGACCACUCUCCAUGAGUCACCUAAACAAUGUCCAACCCUUCGCCACACCCCUGGACACCAUCACCCAGGGAAGAGACCCGCCAAACUCCACCGUGAGUCACAGUUCGGGAGACACAAGGACAGGGAGGAUGGAGGGGCGGUGGCGCGUGGCUGCGGUGGUGCUGGUGGCGGCGGCGGGGCUACUGACGGUGACGCAGGCGGAGGAAAAAUCAUCGCUCAAGUCUUUCUGGCCCCCGCCGAAGGAUCUGAAUAUCGACUUCAAGAAUAUGGACUUGAAUUCUGGUGAAAGAGCUGCGAAGGCGGCCAGGAAACUUCACCGUCUCCUCCUGGGGUCUGAGGACACAAGGGCAGGCUUGAAUAGCGUCUUGGGCAUGUAUCUUCCUUCGAUAAAUCCCAUCGUGGUAAGGAAUCUAGAAUGCAUAAGUGAUGUGAUCGGCGUCCUGAGGGUGUGGGCCGACCAAGGCCUGAUGAACAAAAUAUUGUCAAGAGGAAGCUAUUGGCCCAUUUUCUUGCCUGACUCUUGGGGAAAGGUGCCUGAUGGAAUUCUCUACGGGAACGUCCUGCCCUGGGGAAUGCAGGAGGAGUGCACGAUGAUCAGGGCAAACGAACACAUACCUAUCAAUGAAACAAAGCCCGCGAUCAACAUGGAGUUCCGAGGCCGCUACUGUCUCGUGUCUGUUGGCAUGAUUAAAAACGAGAAGCCAGAGACCCUACGUACAUGGGAGGGUGAAUUCAUGAGCCCAGACGUUCAGGUGGGCGUGGCUAUGACCGACCCAAAUGUGUUGCCCAUCUUCAACUACGGUACCUGCAUGCCCUCCACCUGCUCUGCUGAGGACCUGGAGGCAAGCAUCAACAGUAUUCUGAAACCCGUUGGCAAGAUGGCGAAACACGUCGAUUGCCACAUAGAAGAUGAACCCAACUACUUGAACACCGGGGAUAUUGUUUUCGUCGUCAUUCUCUCCGUUCUGGGCUCCGUUAUGCUCCUGGCUACCGUAAUCGAUCUCUCCAUUAACUACUACGACACUCAGGAACUCCGGAAAGGACCUCUCAGUUUCCUGCUGGUGUUCUCGAUGUACACCAACAUGAAGAACACGUUUGCCAUCAAGCUGAAGGAGCACCCUGACGUCAUCUCCUGUCUGCAUGGCUUAAGGGUCUUCACCAUGGUGUGGGUGGUGUGGGGGCACGGCUACAUGAUGCAAGCUAAUGUCACCAAGAACCUCGUGCAUUACAAGGAGUUGAGUCAAGGCGUACUGAACCAGAUCAUCAUGAACGCCUCUUACUCUGUGGACACCUUCCUCUUCAUGAGCGGCUUACUGGUGGCCUAUACGGUCCUAUUGGAGAAGGAUAAGGCUCGUGGAGUCAACUGGAUCAUGUAUUAUAUCCACCGCUUUAUUAGGUUAUCGCCGCCUAUUGUGUUUACCGCCGCUGCUUCCGCCACUGUGUUCCGGUUUAUAAUGAAUGGUCCAAAUUCCCACGCCGUUGAGAGAAACUUCGUAGAACCCUGCAGGGAAAAAUGGUGGGCUGACUCUAUCUUCAUCAAUAACUUCCUGGAACAUCCAACAUGUCUGCCGCAGUGCUGGUACACGGCCGUGGACUUCCAGCUCUUUGCAGUAGCUCCCCUGGUCCUGGCGCCCCUUCUCACCAACAGCUUCUUCAGCCUGGUGUGGCUGUUCCUCGUGACUGUCACCUCCGUGGCCGUGCCCAUCAUCAACAUUGCCGUCUAUAACCUUGUUCCCCCUGGUUUACCCUUCCUGGUGAAUGAGGAGGAGAGGAAAGCGAAUGUGGACCUGUACAUGAUGCCCUGGGCUCGCGCUAGCUCCUACCUGAUGGGCAUCUGGACGGCCUGGCUCCUCGUGAGGGUCCGCAACAAGGGGUUCAAGAUGCCCCCGGUGGUGGUGGUGCUGGGAUGGGUGGUGUCUGCAGCCAUCGCUCUCGCUGUGCUCUUCGGACGCCAAAAAGUGUCGCAGGUUGUCAGUAUUUUAUAUGGCGGGCUGUCCAGACUAGCGUGGGGCGUGUCUCUCUUGUGGGUGGUGUUCGCAUGUCACACUGGCUACGGAGGUAUCAUGAACUCAAUUCUCUCCCACCCCAGUCUACAGCCACUCAGCCGCCUCACCUACAGCCUCUUCCUGGUCACCAUCCCCAUACAGAUCUUCUACACUGGCGCCAUCUACAUGCCCCUCUACGUCAACCAUCUCACUAAGAUUAUUGAGACGUGCGGUUACCUCUUCAUUGGCGGUCUGGUUGGGAUUCCCUUGACGCUUGCAGUGGAGCGACCGAUCCUUGGCCUGGAGAAAAUCAUCUUCCCACGUAAAGGUCGUGGAAUAAUAGAGAAGAAGGUGGAGGAAAAGAAGCAAGAGUAGUGAUGACGCGUGCUACUGAAGGAGAACAAAACCAUGCAGGUGCUAAGAUCAAAUGUAGAGGUUACCAGUGAGAGAUUCAUUCGUGCCUCUUCUUCAGUUGUGUGUGUGUGUGUGUGUGUGUGUGUGUGUGUGUGUGUGUGUGUGUUAAAAUAUAUUACUUAAAUGCCCUUGUCAGUGUUGUAUGUACAUAGAUGUACUCUAAAUUAUAUAACAAAUAUAUUAUAGAAUCGUACACUG